GACUCUCUCUCGCGCGCCCUCCCGGGCGAAGCGAGGCCCGGUCCUCCACCGCUAGAAGGCGCGCGCGCGAGUGAGCGAGGGAUUGGGCGGACUCUGCCUUCCUGGGCUCUGGAGUUGCAGCCGGACCGAGCGCCUCCUUCUCCCGCCGCCGCCAGAGCCGGGCGAGGGCCAGGCCAGCCAGAAGGAGCCGAGCGAGGAGGCAAGCGGGCGCCGGAGAGAGCCGGUAGCUGGUUAAAUGCAAUUGUAUCAGUAACAAAAGAAAACUAAACAUGAGAAUAGCAGUAGGAGCUGCAAAAUUGGUGGUAGCGGUUGCUGUGUUCUUGCUGACGUUUUAUGUCAUCUCUCAAGUAUUUGAAAUAAAAAUGGAUGCUAACCUAGGAAGCCUGUUUGCAAGAUCACCGCUAGACCUACCUGCACGUUCUACGAAACCUCCAAGAUACAAGUGCGGAACUUCAAAAGCUUGUCCAGAGAAUCACUUCGCUUUCAAAAUGGCAAGUGGAGCCGCCAAUGUUGUCGGACCAAAAAUUUGCGUAGAAGAUAAUGUGUUGAUGAGUGGAGUUAAAAACAAUGUUGGGAGAGGCAUCAAUAUAGCUUUGGUGAAUGGCAAAACCGGUGAAACUGUGGACACAAAGUAUUUUGAUAUGUGGGGUGGAGAUGUAGCCCCGUUUAAUGACUUCCUGAAGACAAUUCAAGAUGGAACUAUUGUAUUAAUGGCAACCUAUGAUGAUGGUGCCACUAAGCUUAAUGAAGAGGCACGAAAACUAGUCGCUGAGUUGGGCAGCUCCUCCAUCACGAACCUUGGCUUCAGAGACAAUUGGGUUUUCUGUGGUGGGAAAGGGAUCAAGACUAAAAGCCCAUUUGAACAGCAUAUUAGAAACAACAAGGACACAAACAAAUAUGAAGGAUGGCCAGAAGUUGUGGAGAUGGAGGGUUGUAUCCCACAGAAGCUUGACUGAAGGAGUCUUCAAAUGGACAUGUACAACGCCAAGAACAACGGAGGGAAAAAUGCACUUUCUGCUGCUGCUCGGUAGACAGCUCUGAAGGGAGAUUACAUUGGGUGGGCAUGUCCAUCCAGAUAAAAAUGAAUGGAAUCUGUACAAGAGCACCAUGAUUGCACCAGUUUAUUUAAAAUGGAGUGUGAGCAGGAACGUGUCCUGCUGGAUGAGCCCCCAUGUAAAUAUUUUUUUCAAGCAUGUUUCCACCUUAGAAUGUGCAUGAGCAUUGACUUAACACAAAAUCUGGCUUAUUUAUUGCUAAAACAGAGAUCCACACCCUUUUUUUGUAAAUAGAUUCCCCCUGCAAAGAAAAAAGACUAUUUGUAAACAUCUUAUUCCAUUUCUUUAAUCCCCACUUUUUUUUUCUUUGUUUCUGAAGGACAGAGUUCAGGUUAUUUUAUGAUAGAUGUCUUUUGUAGCUACCACCAUAGGCAAAUAAAUAUAUUCGAUGAAUAGCUGAGUUGAUCCUGAGCUACUUUGUAUUUUGCUCAAACAAUGACAAUAUUGCUGUGAGUCUAUAUCUUUAGAGAGAUUUGUAAAUUUUAACACUCCGGAAUAGAUAAUGAAUUGUUUUUAUGCUCUGUCUCUUUGAAAGCAGCAUUCUGUGACCCCCUUCGGACUUCGAACUAGAUAAAGGUUGUGUGUUUGAUACAAAAAUGUAGGCCUGUUGUAAAGAAGCACAAAUUAAAUCCUUUUCCUUAAAAACAAAUGUAUAACAUUGUGUUUGUUGCUAUAGCUAGAUUCUCUGUACUCUCUGCUUCUCACUAGCCAUGCAGACUGUUAAUAGAGUAGGAUAAAUGUAAUUGCUUCUUGUGUGUUUAUAUGUUCAAUUUAGAUGUCUUUCAAGUUCUAUAACCCACCAGCCACAUAAGAUGGUUUAGUAGUAUUGGAGUCAGGGAAGGGGUCUAUUUUGACCAUUAGUGUGCUUUCCUAGAAGUAAUCAUUCAUUUAGAAGUUGGCUGCUAACUAAUAGAAAACAAUUUGGCAUGUGCCAUUCAAUUUGGGCAGGUUUGAAUUUAGUGGGUUAGAGAAGAAAUUCUCAGAAGCUCCAGAUAGUGUCUAAGAGUAGAAAUAUUGAUAAUAAAGUAGCUACGUUAACUAUAGAUUAUUUUAAGCAGCCCAAGUGAAAGUACAUUUCCAUUGGUGUCUAGUUUUCAUGUAAAGCACUCCAUUUCUUCAAAUUCACCCUACCUGUAUUUAAUUUCACCUUGGUCCCACAGUCAUGUACAAUACAGGUGUGCUUUCCAUUGGUAUCAAUGCUGUGGAAAAUCCAUGAGUGCCAAUUUGAGGUCAGUAGGACUGAUGUAAGAUUUCGGGGGGAAUGGGAUGUAUGGGCUGUGUUGUCAGGUUUCCCUAGAAGCAAUGGUCUAUUUUGUGCAAUGGUGAGCCAUCUGCCCUUGUAAUUACCUGCAAGGCCCAUAGCAAGAUUACAUCAGGGUCACCAUGGAUGAUUAAAACUACAGUUGAUUUGCAGGCCUAGCUACCUACUUUGGGUGACCAAGGAUUGGAGUCAGCAGUCAGUCUAACAGAGUUCAGUAGAACUCAAUAGCAGGGAUGAUGAAACCUGUAGUACUCCAUAUCUUUCGCCACAGGUCCCAUUGUCCCUAAACCUUAGCGAAACUUAUUGUAGUGGUGAAAAUUGAAAUCUAAUGAACAUCUGGGGGCCACAAGACACUUCUAUAAAGUGAGUGUCUUCUGCACCUUCAGUACCAAUGGUAUUUACUCACAAUUCUGUAUUGCCUACAAAUGCUACCCUUCUCUUUCUAUCCAUUUCUGGAAGCAAACUGACUUGCACCAUCCGCGAGUACAACUUUGUGUGAUUAGUGGUGCAUAAAAAGUAUUUAAGUUUGACUCAGGCUCUUCAAGCCACGAUUAGUAGGGUUUUUUUCCCCUUCCUAUAAGAUGGAAAUAGUAAUUCCUUUCCUUAUGGCUUACCACCACUAUCUUUGAUGAGAAGUUUUGGAGACCUAUACACACUGCUAUGGAGGUGCUAUUAAGGAAAACUUAACAAGGAGUUAAAGUGUUUUCUGUGUAUUGCUGUAGGGGAUCAAGUUAAGAAUUCUUUUUGUUUGGUCUGCACUUCGUUGAAUUAUAGGGAUGUCCAAUUUUUUUUUAAGACAAUUUAAAACCAAGAGUUUGGCUUAGCUGCAAAGACUGUUGGAGUGAAAAAAUGCUGUUUGCACUAAAGCUAUAAAGCAAUAUCAGGAAUAAUGACUUAAAUAGUUCAGAAGAACCAUCCAGCUUUCACAUACCAAGAACUGAUGACGGGAAUCAAAGUUCUUUUACUGUGUUAACCUUUUCGUGUCAUUUUUUUCCCCAUGAUACUGUAGCAUAGCAAUAAAUACACCUUUAACAAUUAAACCAAUUAUCUGUAAAAUACCAUAUGGUCUCAUCAUUCAUGUUUGGAAGGGAAAAAUACAUUUCCAUGUAUUAUAUUUUUUCAUUAAAUAAAGUUUUUAAAAAACCA